AAAGACUCUAAAAAGCCCCAGAAACAAAGACUUUGUGGACAAAAUCCUUUGGAACUAGAGAGAGGCCAGGAUGCAGACGCCAGCCACCACCACGGACUAUGAUAUGACCACAGAAUAUGACUAUGAGGACACGACCCCAUGCCAGAAGGUGGCUGUGAGGGCCUUUGGGGCCCAACUCUUGCCCCCUUUGUACUCCCUGGUGUUUGUCAUUGGCCUGGUUGGCAACGUCCUGGUGGUCUUGGUACUCAUGAAAUACAAGAGGCUGCGGAGCAUGACCAGCAUCUACCUCCUCAACCUGGCCAUUUCCGACCUGCUGUUCCUCUUCACGCUGCCCUUCUGGAUCGACUACCGGCUAAAGGAUGACUGGGUCUUCGGCGAUGUCCUGUGCAAGCUCCUCUCCGGGCUUUAUUACGUCGGCUUGUACAGUGAGGUCUUCUUCAUCAUCCUGCUCACGAUCGACAGGUACCUGGCCAUCGUGCACGCUGUGUUCGCCCUGCGUGCCCGGACCGUCAGCUUCAGCAUCAUCACCAGCAUCGUCACCUGGGCCCUCACCAUCCUGGCUGCCAUCCCGGGCUUCCGCUUUUCCAAGACGCAGUGGGAGUUCACGCAUUACACCUGCAGCCUUCACUUCCCGCACGAAAGCCUGAGACAGUGGAAGCAGUUCCAGGCUCUGAAACUGAACAUCCUGGGGCUGCUUCUGCCCCUGCUGGUCAUGGUGGUCUGCUACACGGGAAUUAUCCGGAUCCUGCUCAGACGGCCGAAUGAGAAGAAGUCCAGGGCCGUGCGGCUGAUCUUUGUCAUCAUGCUCAUCUUCUUUCUCUUUUGGACCCCCUAUAACCUGACGCUGUUGGUCUCUGCUUUCCAAGACUCCCUGUUCACCAAUCAGUGUGAGCAGAGCAAGCAGCUGGACCUGGCCAUACAAGUGACGGAGGUGAUCGCCUAUACUCACUGCUGCGUCAACCCCGUGAUCUACGUCUUUGUUGGGGAGAGGUUCCAGAAGUACCUGCGCCAGCUCUUCCACACGUACCUGGCUAAAUGGCUCCCCUUCCUCUCCACGGAGAGGCUGGAGAGGGCCAGCUCCGUAUCUCCCUCCACAGCGGAGCACGAGCUGUCUGCUGGGUUCUGACUCGGACCCCUGGAGGCAGAUCCAGGCCCCAGCACCCAUGAGCUGCCAGGCGCGCUGUGAUGGGCAG